CCAAGUUCUUCUCAUUUCACUGUCAAGUAGAACUUGCUAGUCAUUGCAAUCACUUAGCACUGCUAGAAAUUUGAAACUUCUUUGAUUAGAAAAACCACAAAAGAAAUGGCUUUUUCUGCAGAUCAUUGGGCCUUGGCUUUUGGUGUCCUUGGUAACAUCGUUUCGUUCAUUGUAUUCCUUUCUCCACUGCCAACAUUUCACACUAUUUACAAGAAGAAAACAGCUGAAGGGUAUCAAUCAAUUCCAUAUGUGAUUGCUCUCUUUAGCUCUAUGCUUUGGAUAUACUAUGCAUUUUUGAAGACCAAUGUCACCCUACUCAUAACAAUAAACUCCUUUGGUAUAUUCAUUGAGACUAUCUACGUUGGUCUCUACCUUUUCUACGCACCGAAGAAAGCUAGGGUUCAAACUGGAAAGAUGUUACUUUUAACAGUGGUGGGUGGAUUUGGUGCAAUAGUCUUGGUUACUCAAUUUCUAUUCAAAGGUGUUGUUCGUGGACAAGUAGUUGGAUGGAUUUGCCUUAUUUUCGCCUUAAGUGUGUUUGUUGCACCCUUAGGCAUUGUGAGAAAAGUCAUCAAAACAAAGAGUGUGGAGUACAUGCCAUUACUCCUAUCAGUAUUCCUCACAUUAAGUGCUGUUAUGUGGUUCUUCUAUGGUCUCCUACUAAAAGACAUUAACAUUGCUGCUCCAAAUAUAUUGGGAUUCAUCUUUGGAGUACUCCAAAUUGUGCUCUAUGUAAUAUACAGCAAAAAGGAGAAGGCCAUUCUAAAGGAACAGAAACUUCCAGAGAUACAAAAGCCUGAAGUCAUUGUAAGGGAUGAGAACACAAAUGAUAAUAAGAAGUUUCCAGAACUAACACAAGAACAAAUUAUUGACAUAGUGAGGUUGGGUUUAAUGAUUUGCAAAGACAAAGUACACGUGGCAACAUGUCCUCAUGGUACUAAAUGUGAAGCCAAAGUUGAUGAGAACACACCCAAGCUGCAAACUGUGGAUGCUUAAGAAUAUAUAGCAAAGUUGGAGUUUGUUUUAAUUAGUCUUUGAUUUCCCAAUCCUAAAUGUGUUUGUACACAAUUAGUUAGAUUUUCGUACGUCUAAGCUUUUUUUCUUUUUUUGCUCCUUGCACUAAGAAAGCUAGACAAAUGGUGCUUGAUACUUUGAGAGAUUUGCUAGCUUUGUGUAAUUGGAUUUUCUAAUUUGAUUAGCAAUAAAAGUUUUUAAAUUUUUUCUCUAA